AUGUUAGGAUAUUGUUAUGAUAUUGGUGAUGGUAUUUCUCAAAAUUAUAAUGAGGCUUUAAAAUGGUACACGUCAUCUGCCAAUAAUGGAAAUUAUUUAGCACAUAAUAAUUUAGGUAAUCAUUAUGAACAAG